CAGGUGUAUCCAAGGCAAUCCUGUGUGCGGCUGGCCAGAGCGUAGUAAUGGAAUGCACACAAUUAGGUAAAAAAAAUUAUGUGAAAUCUGGGCCUUUAGUGCGUUUAAAGUGACCGCAUGCUGUUACCUGACAUGACUCUCGUUCCGUUAAUGCACAACUCAACAAUGUGACCAUCUGUAGAGCGUGCCGUGUGACAGCCUGUACCGUGUGCCGUGUGACCGUCUGUAGCGUAUGCCGUGUGGCCGCCUGUGCCGUGUGACCGCCUGUGCCGUGUGACCGCCUGUGCUGUGUGACCGCCUGUGCUGUGUGACCGUCUGUGCUGUGUGACAGUCUUUAACAGGGUCACACCUGUUAAACCUUUGGCACUCCAGAAGUUGUGGACUACAUUAUCCCCUUGUUCUGCAAGAUGUAUGGAUGGAUUGCCGAAGGUUGGCUCCCCCUGGUCUAUAGUAUAUAGCAUGUCAUAUGAUCUCACAGUGCGUAGGAGAUGGGAAUAUUGAUUUGUUUCUGUAUCGUAUAACACAGCGCACACAAUCUGACCCUUAACCCUUCAUUUUCACAGGGACCCAGCCCCACAAGGGCUACAUUAUAACAACAAGCGGCAAUCUUGCCUGUCAACAUCUCCUGCAUAUGGUGGGACAGACAGACCCCUCUCGCAUCAAACAGUCCGUGCUACAAGUACUCCAGGAAUGUGAAAAACUUCAGGCCAGGACCGUCGCCUUCCCAGCUGUUGGAACAGGUAACAUCUUAAUCCAAACUGCACUGGAAAUCACAAAGGGCAAGUCGACCUUACUUCUAUAUAUACAUUUAUUGUAAUGCAGCUCUACCUGCGAGGUGCAGGCGCUGUGUGUUUAAUGCUUUCUGUUAUCGUUACCCUGGGUGCAGGCGCUGUGUAUUUAAUGCUUUCUGUUAUCGUUACCCUGGGUGCAGGCGCUGUGUGUUUAAUGCUUUCUGUUAUCGUUACCCUGGGUGCAGGCGCUGUGUGUUUAAUGCUUUCUGUUAUCGUUACCCUGGGUGCAGGCGCUGUGUGUUUAAUGCUUUCUGUUAUCGUUACACUGGGUGCAGGCGCUGUGUGUUUAAUGCUUUCUGUUAUCGUUACCCUGGGUGCAGGCGCUGUGUGUUUAAUGCUUUCUGUUAUCGUUACCCUGGGUGCAGGCGCUGUGUGUUUAAUGCUUUCUGUUAUCGUUACCCUGGGUGCAGGCGCUGUGUGUUUAAUGCUUUCUGUUAUCGUUACCCUGGGUGCAGGCGCUGUGUGUUUAAUGCUUUCUGUUAUCGUUACCCUGGGUGCAGGCGCUGUGUGUUUAAUGCUUUCUGUUAUCGUUACACUGGGUGCAGGCGCUGUGUGUUUAAUGCUUUCUGUUAUCGUUACCCUGGGUGCAGGCGCUGUGUGUUUAAUGCUUUCUGUUAUCGUUACCCUGGGUGCAGGCGCUGUGUGUUUAAUGCUUUCUGUUAUCGUUACCCUGGGUGCAGGCGCUGUGUGUUUAAUGCUUUCUGUUAUCGUUACACUGGGUGCAGGCGCUGUGUGUUUAAUGCUUUCUGUUAUCGUUACCCUGGGUGCAGGCGCUGUGUGUUUAAUGCUUUCUGUUAUCGUUACCCUGGGUGCAGGCGCUGUGUGUUUAAUGCUUUCUGUUAUCGUUACCCUGGGUGCAGGCGCUGUGUGUUUAAUGCUUUCUGUUAUCGUUACCCUGGGUGCAGGCGCUGUGUGUUUAAUAGCAUAUAUUUAUCGUUACCCUGGGUGCAAGCUCCCUUGUGGCAUUUUAGUAAACUUUCAUUAUAGUUACCCUGGAAUUUUUAGGCGCUGUGUGUUUCCCAAUGCUUUCUGUUAUCGUUACCCUAGAUUGCAGGCUGUGUGUUUAAUGCUUUCUGUUAUGCGUUACACUGGGUGCAGGCUGUUUAAUGCUUUCUGUUAUGAAUUACACUGGGUGCCGGAAGCGGCGCUGUGUUUAGUACUUUCUAUUAUCGUUAUCGUUACCCUGGGUGCAGGCGCUGUGUGUUUAAUGCUUUCUGUUAUCGUUACACUGGGUGCAGGCGCUGUGUGUUUAAUGCUUUCUGUUAUCGUUACACUGGGUGCAGGCGCUGUGUGUUUAAUGCUUUCUGUUAUCGUUACCCUGGGUGCAGGCGCUGUGUGUUUAAUGCUUUCUGUUAUCGUUACCCUGGGUGCAGGCGCUGUGUGUUUAAUGCUUUCUGUUACCGUUAGCCUGGGUGCAGGCGCUGUGUAUUUAAUGCUUUCUGUCAUCGUUACACUGGGUGCAGGCGCUGUGUAUUUAAUGCUUUCUGUCAUCGUUACACUAGGUGCAGGCGCUGUGCCCGCUACCCUCGUGGCUGAUGCCAUGUUGGAUGCUGUUGCAGAUUUUGUGAAUAAAAGAUUGGCACGGAGGAUUCAAAUUGUGAAAGUCGUCAUUUUCCAAAAACCGAUGAUAAACGACUUCUAUCAGAGUAUGAAACAGAAGGAAGGCUCCGUCAUGCCGCAACAACUAUCACUGUUUCAGAAAAUGGCCUGUGAGUUCUGAUCCUUGUCUUAAUCAUUGUGAGCAAAGGCUCUGGUAGUACAUAACCCAUUCAAUGACUGCACCUCUUCAUUUCUGGGGGAAAAAUAGCAUUUUUAAAGUGAAAACAUGCACUUUUGCCUGGUAAUAUCUGGCUGGGAGUGGCGAUACCUGACUGGCAGUGAAGGGAGUUAAAGUCUCCAGGAUCUCUUCUUGCCAAGUUUGGGUGAGAGAAAUACUCCAAGCCUGCUGUAGUGUGUUUUUUGCUAGGAGCACAAUGUAACCUCCCAGAGUAAUUUGUCAAACUGUGUUAGAACCCGCGUCCCACCAGGUGCUCUCAGCUAUAUAAGACUUGGUUAGUUAAGGGAAGACAAUAGUGGUUAUGGUACUUGGAGUGUUGCUGUAAGGGCUUUCCAUGCAGAUGGUGGACACACUGCGGUACAGUGCGCUCUGAUGGUGUACUCUUAAUUAAUAGAGCCCCAUCACUAGAUCAACAUGAUAUUAUGGUUUCUAAGAUUAAAUAUAGGGCACUGUACUAGCUGCACUAUGAGAUGGCCAAUUUAUUCACAAAUCAUGGUGUUACGGUUACCUCCAAGCUAGUUGAAGGCUGGACCGCUUGGAUGUCCUGGCUCCCGAGUGUGGAGAGAGAGAGGCGCUGUUCCGUUCAGCAUGCCAUAAGAAUCCUACGAAUGUAUAACAAUCCCACUAGCUCUAGUAUAGCUAGGAUACCCUGGUUCCCACAAAACGAGUCGAGGCUGCAAUUUGAAGGUCAAACACAAACUGGUUUUAAUGGCACCUGGACAUCACUAUUUAUGUGUGACGAGACCAAUCUCGCCACAUUGCAUUGGAGAAGCCUGGUUGCUCACCUGUUGCCUUUGGAUUAUGGCCCCAUGUUAAAAGCCUUCUUUUUUCCCUGCAGAAAAGGCUUAUUCGUGCCUUUCUGCCCGGUGUUCGGUAGAUUCAAUCUACCGAACUAACACACGAAUGACUGGACCACCUAGGAGCUGGAGUGUGUCUGCAAUUAACCUCCCAGAAGCUGCGGUUAACCGCAGCUUAAUUGACGAAUGCUGGGUGGCCGCCAUUCAUUAUACCGAACACGAGGUCGCGGCCAUUUUAAACAUGCGAACGCCCAGCGGUGUUCGAUGCCCAACUCAUGGAACUGAAAACGGAUACAUUUUGGCGAGAACACCGCUGAAGCCGCUGACCUCCCUUCUUGUUCGGUAGAAGUGCAUGAACGGCCCUAUAUUCGAUAGUUUGUACCGGAAUACACCAUACCCCAGAUAGCCAUCCCGUGGAGUCUAUUCGGAUGGAGAACAGACUUUAUGAACACUUUGACUCCACGGCGAUUGGACUGUGUGCAUAGGAUCUGAGUGCUAUUCGGUACUUUUGUACGCGCAGAUCCCAGCUAUCUGGGGAUGGGUUGCAAGUGUAUAUUUUGUGUGAUAAAUGUAAUAUUGUGUAUUUUAUUGUGUUUUAGUAUUUUACUGUAACCAUGUAAGUAAUGGAGUUUUGCCUCUGUCCUUGGCGAUAAUUGGAUUACUUCCCAAUUAUCUCCAGGAUAGAGGGGAGGGAUUGUAAUGUAUUAAGAGAGUGGUUUAACCAUGCCUGUCUGUGAUUGGUCAUUGUACUAUUUGUGUCUCAGUCUCCCAUUUGGUCCCCUAGGGGAGUGUCCACCCGGUGGGAGACCUGCAUAAAUACUGGGCAGGUAGCCCUCAUUAAACAGACCACUGCUUGACCCACAACACGGAGCCUUGUCUCGUCUUUGGGGGGAUUUACUGUAUGCUGAUAGAGACUGAUUGCUAGGAGUGUAAGCCGCUUGGGUGCUUUUCCUAUUUGUCUGCUAGCAGCUAUUCGUGAGGUUCCAGUUCGGGAGUUUGGAGUGCUACUUUGUAUGCAGUUCGGGAGUUUGGAGCAUUCCCUUGUAUGCAGUUCGGGAGUUUGGUGUUCUGCAGUAGCUGUGCCUGUAUCUCUGGAAAGGGAAGAUCGACUAAACGGCGGUUUAACCCUUUUAUGCCUGGGGGUGCUGUUAAAUUAUGCAAAACCCCAGGUCCAGGGACAGCCCCCUCUGGACCUGAUGGGAUACAGGGACAAUACAAACAGUUGACCAAUGACAAUAAACUGCAUCGUUUGAAAUAGUCACCGCCCAGGUUGGAGAUAAUGAUUACAACGAUUAUGGCAAUUUAAUUAUCUCCAAGUGCCCAGAAUCCCACAUUUUAUUUGAACAUGUAAAACAGCAUAAAAAUACAUAUUUAUAACUGUAGCGGAGAUGUAGUAUAAUCCACAGUAUCUCCGCUGGGUAACAGGAACAGCAUAAAAUAAUCCAAGGAAAUAAAUACAGCAUACAAUAAUCCCGGUUGCGUUGUAAGAAUCCUUCCCUCCCAAGAACUAGACGACACAUAGGCUGGGAGUCAACUGAGCUUUUAUUCACAGGUCACUGUAUUUAUGGGAUUCCCCAUGCAAGGGGUUUCCCUACUGACAUUCCAGGGGUGGUACAGUAGGGGACUACAUGGGGAACUGAACAACCCGGAUAUUUCUCCCACCAUGCACUGCUGCACAAAGGGGGAUACUCCCACUAGAAUAUACAGUUAAGUGGAUUAUCCCUCCGUGCAGCAGAACUGACAUUUUACAUUAAAAUGCAUAACUUCCAUAAUAUUCCCUUCAUUUAAACGAAUGGACGAUCGGUAGAUAGCUGGGGUCUGAGCGCAUAGUUCGUGAGAAUACCGCUCAGAUCCCAGCAUAACUAACCGAACGCCGCACGAAACACACAUUAUUUCCAAGUCACCUUUAAAGUACCGAUUGGUAUUAGGGGAACAAACUACCAAACGCCCGGGGCUCCUGAACGGCCUGGAAGUCCAGCGGUAUUCGUGCCGUCGAGUAGCCGAUUUUAGUUCCAGGCGCUCGACGACCAAAUACCGCUGGGCUUAACAAAGAAACCAAGAUUGCCGACCGCCGCGUGGUCGGUAGCCGAACGACAGCUAUCUAGGAAAGCCCUUAACUACCGAUUGCAACAAUGUUGCAAUCGGUUAAUGGGCGCCACACAACCUCUUGUGUGUGGUCGUCCAUUCGGUAGUUUAUUCGUUUCACGAACAGUGUUGAAAUGCACUGUUCAUGAAACUACAGUAUGAAUGCUGGGGUUUUUCAUGCCGCCAGCAUACGAAUGCCCUUGUUCGCCUGAAAUGUAGGUACAGUACUAUACUUGGUUCUAACAGCUUUAACCCCUUAAGGACACAUGACAUGUGUGACAUGUCAUGAUUCCCUUUUAUUCCAGGCAUUUGGUCCUUAAGGGGUUAAAGGUAUAUACACAUAUUCAUACAGGUAUAGUCUUAAGUGGCUAGUUUUGCCACAAUGCUCACCAAGCCGGCAUACACGGUCUGAUCCCAACGGAUCGGCUUGGGGAUGUCCGGAGGAGCACUCACAGAUCACGGUUCCAGGUCUGUUUGUCGGGAUAACCCGUCGGCGUUGCCAUUUUGCUUCCCAGGGCGGUAGUGAAUCGUAAAGUCAAAAGGCUACCUCGCCAAACUCCAGCUCAGCAGCCUGGCAUUGUCUCCUGACACCCUGUUCUGCCACACCAACGGGUUGUGAGCAAUGUAAACGGUUGCCCAUAUAAAUAGGGCUGCAGCUUUUUGAGGGCCCACACCACAACCAAUCGAUGGCGGCAUAGCUUACUUCUCUGGGUAACAGUUUUCGGCUUAGAUAAGCUACUGGGUGUUCGCCGCUAUCCGCUCCAACUUGGCUCAGUACUGCUCCCAAUCCAAACAUAGAAGCGUCUGUAUGGACGAGAAAGCGUUUAGUUGGAUCAAGAGCAGAAAGUUCAGGUGAGUUAACAAGUGCCGUCUUGAGCUGCUGAAAUGCCUGUUCGCACUCUGGGGCCCAUACUACUAUCAGUGAGGGGUACUGUAGUUGUCCACAAAUUUCCGGUAGUACCCUGCGGUACCUAGGAAGGCAAGUACUUGGGUUUUGGUGCGAGGGGUUGGCCACUUGGCAACUGCCUCUAUUUUGGCAGGUUCUGGCUUCUGCUGUCCGCUUCCUACCCUGUGCCCUAGGUACUGAACCUCUGCCAUCCCUAUAUGACAUUUGCUGGGUUUGAGGGUCAGCCCGGCUUCCCUGAUCCGGUCUAGUACGGCUCCUAUGUGGGUCAGGUGCUCGGGCCAGGAGUAGCUGAAAAUGGCGAUAUCAUCUAAAUAUGCGCACGCGUACUCCUGGAACCCAUCCAAUAACCGAUCUACCAUCCUCUGAAAGGUAGCCGGGGCAUUUUUCAUCCCGAAUGGCAUGACCUUAAACUGAUACAGGCCAAACAGGGUGACAAAUGCCGAUUUGGGCAUAGCAUCCUCUGCUAGCGGAAUUUGCCAGUACCCUUUACACAGAUCUAUCUAUGGUGAGGUACCGGCCCCUGGCCAUUUUGUCCAGGAGCUCGUCUAUCCUGGGCAUAGGGUAGGUGUCCGAGGUCGUCCUAUCGUUGAGCCUCCGGUAGUCUACAAAGAAACGGGUCGUCCCGUCCUGUUUUGGUACUAGUACUACGGGGGAGGCCCAGGGGCUGUCAGAAUGCUCUAUAACCCCUAACUGUAGCAUUUCCUCAAUCUCCUUCCGCAUACUUUCUUUGACGGCUUCUGGUAUGCGGUAAGGAGUUUGGCGAAGAGGAGUCUUAUCCAGGAUUUCUACCUUGUAUAGCCGGGUAGAUUGGAAAAAGUGGCUCCCUUUUCCUGUAUUAACCUUUGCACUUGGCCCUCUUGGUCUAGGAGAUCUGGGAGUGGCAAAUUCUCAAAGUCCUCGGUGGCAGGGGCACAGAUCGCGGUUACCUCUUCGCUGCGCUCGUGGUAUGGCUUGAGCAUGUUCACAUGGAGCAUGCGUUUGCCUCCCGUGCCUGUGACCGGGCCAAUCACAUAGGUGGUAUCACAGAUCUGUUCUACCACCUUGUAUGGGCCCUGCCAGGAAGCGUGCAGCUUAUCUUUGUGGACUGGUCGUAAGAUAAGUACCUUUUUCCCCACCUGAACGCUGCGGUCCCUGGCUCCCUUAUCGUACCAUCUGCGCUGUCGUUGCUGGGCUACCUGGAGAUUGUCUCGUAUGGUCUGGGUCAGCAUCUCCAGGCGUUCCCUGAACUCUAGCACAUAGGGCACAAUGGGGGUGCCGUUAAUAGUCCCUUCUCCCUCCUAGUGUUCCCGGAUUAAAUUGAGGGGGACCCUCACUCUCCUCCCGAAUAACAAUUUGAACGGAGAGAACCCGGUGGAUUCUUGGGGUACUUCCCUAUAAGCAAAUAACAAGUGGGGUAAAAACCUUUCCCAGUCCUUCUGAGUGUCUAUGAACGUACGGAUCAUCUGUUUAAGUGUUCCGUUAAACCGUUCACAGAGCCCAGUGGACUGGGGGUGAUAAGCGGAGUUCAAGAUUUGUUGUACCCCACAUAUCUUCCAGAGCUGAUGUGUGACUUCCGCGGUAAACUGAGUGCCCAUAUCCAAAAUAAUCUCCCGGGGAAAUCCUACGUGGGAGAAUAUUCGCAUCAGGGCCUCUGCUACUGUUUCCGCAUGCACGUUUGUCAAGGCUACUGCCUCAGGGUAUCUGGUGGCAUAAUCCACCACGGUCAAGACAUAUUUGUUGCUGGAGGGGCUGGGCUUAGCUCCGGGUCCUAUAAUAUCUACUACCACCCUACUGAAGGGUUCCUCAAUUAUGGGCAGAGACCGGAGGCGAGCUUUGUACCGGUCUUCCCUCUUCCCUACUCUUUGGCAGGUAUCACAGGUCUGGCAAUAACGUUCUGUGAAAUACCUGGCCAAAAGAAGUUCUGGGUUAGCCUGUGCUUAGUGCGGCUGAUUCCUAAGUGCCCAGACAGGGGAAUAUCAUGGGCGAUAUGUAAUAGUUCUAACCUAUACUUUCGAGGCACUAUUAAUUGUUUAAUGAGUAAAGGUAUGGAUCCGGACACCACUUUUUCCGCGUGACGGUACAGUAGUCCUUUGUCCCAGAUGUAUCUCUCCCCUUCUAAUCCUGCCUGAUCUUUAUCUAUACGGUCUUUGUAUACCUGCAGAGAGGGGUCUAGGGCCACUUCAGAACCAAAGGUUGUUGCCCAAAAUAACGUCGGCUGGCAAGUCCUGCAUCAUCCUCACAUACACAUUCCCGUGCCCCGCUCCCCAAUUCAAGUGCACCUUGGCCGUAGGUACUUUGUAAAUCGCCCCCCUGCCACCCGUACAGCAACACAGUCUCCAGUUAAAUUGGGUUUAGGUACCAAAUGACUUCGGACUAGUGUUAAGGUAGCCCCAGAGUCACAAAGUCCUUGUACCUUUUUCCCCUCCAUAUGGACCUCCUGUCAGUGCCCUUGCCGGUUGUCUGAGGUGGCCUGGAUGGGGUUCCUAGCGGUUCUUCCAUUGGAGUCACAGCCUCGGUCGUUCCAUACUGUUUUGUUCUGUAUGUCCGCUCGGUUGCUCCAACUGGGCCUGGGUCGGUUGCAUGGGCAGUCCCGCUGGAUAUGCCCCUGUUGGUUGCAGGAGUGGCACCGAAUUGGUGGACGUGCAGGGUACCUGGGGGUGUAGUUAUUUUGGCUUACCCCAGGUCAUGGCUGGAUAGUGGGAGUCACUGCUGGUAUCAUCGGUGUGGGGUUGUACACUGGUCGGUUUUGGGUGCACUGGUCCCUCUUGGCAGCCUCUUGCAGGGUGUGCGGUUUUCGGUCCCUUACCCAAUUCUGUAGGUAGGCAGGUAUUCCGUCGAAGAACUGUUCCAUGACCAUCAAUUGGAACACGCCCUCCAACGUGUUAACCUGGGUGGCUUUCAACCACCCCUUUGCAGCUCGCUGUAGCCGGUGUGCCCACUCUACAUGGGUGUCUUUCGUUGGCUUUUUAAUGUACCAAAACUUUAUGCGGUAUGCCUCUGAGGUGAUCGCAUACCGGGCUAAAAUCGCUUGUUUUACAUUGUCGUAGUCUCUACUGUCCUCAUCCGGCACAGCCCGGUACGCCUCUGCUGCGCGACCGGAUAGUCUCCCUGCUAGUAAAGGUACCCGGUCCGCCUCGCUGAUGUCGUGUAGUUGACACAGCCUCUCAAAAUCCUGCAGUUAGUCAUCUACGCCACCGUCAGCCUCUGAAUAGCUUUUGAAGGCUUGGUAGGGAAUUUUGGCUUUCCCUGGGAAAAUGUUGACCGGUGUCGUGGCUUUUUCUCCGGCUUGUUGGUUUCUCUGUGCCUCUCUGAGCAUGAUGUAUUCCUGCAUAUCUGCGAAGAUCCUUCAGAUGGUCGGUUUGGGAAUAAAGCCAUCCUGCUCCUGAAUUCUUUUGCGAAUUCAUGUUGAUCUUCCUCCAUUGGAGGUGCUGCAGCAGCUGCUGCUCUGUCUCCUUCCAUCAGUUCUGUAAUCAAGAUAGCCUUCGCCUUUUUGCUGACUAUUGCUCUUCUUGAUUCAAGUAAUUCUUUUAAUGUGCUUCAUUUCAAAAGGGCAUAAUUUGUUCCCAUUCACUGGCCGUUCGCGGAUUUCCACGUGUUCCUGGCUCAGGUUUCAUCCGAAUGGGUUAACUCACGAAUUGUUGCUCUUUCUCCUCUAUUCAUUUUAAUUUUUGCCCAUCGUUGCUUUGCUGUGUAGUUUCAGUCCCGUCGCUUUCCACCAAUUGUAGCGGCGAGGUAGUAUAAUCCACAGUAUCUCCGCUGGGUAACAGGAACAGCAUAAAAUAAUCCAAGGAAAUAAAUACAGCAUACAAUAAUCCCGGUUGCGUUGUAAGAAUCCUUCCCUCCCAAGAACUAGACGACACAUAGGCUGGGAGUCAGCUGAGCUUUUGUUCACAGGUCACUGUAUUUAUGGGAUUCCCCAUGCAAGGGGUUUCCCUACUGACAUUCCAGGGGUGGUACAGUAGGGGACUACAUGGGGAACUGAACAACCCGGAUAUUUCUCCCACCAUGCACUGCUGCAUGGGAGGGAUACUCCCACUAGACUAUACAGUUAAGUGGAUUAUCUCUCCGUGCAGCAGAACUGACAUUUUACAUUAAAAUGCAUAACUUCCAUAAUAUUCCCUUUAUUUAAACGAAUGGACGUUCGGUAUAACUAACCGAACGCCGCACGAAACACACAUUAUUUCCAAAUCACAUUUAAAGUACUGAUUGGUAUUAGGGGAACAAACUACAGAAUGCCCGGGGCUCCCGAACGUCCUGGAAGUCCAGCGGUAUUCAUGCCGUCGAGUAGCUGAUUUUAGUUCCAGGUGCUCGACGACCAAAUACCGCUGGGCUUAACAAAGGAACCAAGAUGGCCGACCGCCGCGUGGUUGGUAGCCGAACGACGGCCACCUAGGAAAGCCCUUAACUACCGAUUGCAACAAUGUUGCAAUCGGUUAAUGGGCGCCACACAACCUCCUGUGUGUGGUCGUCCAUUCGGUAGUUUAUUCGUUUCACGAACAGUGUUGAAAUGCACUGUUCGUGAAACUACAGUAUGAAUGCUGGGGUUUUUCAUGCCGCCAGCAUACGAAUGCCCUUGUUCGCCUGAAAUGUAGAUACAGUACUAUACUUGGUUCAGCUUUAAAGGUAUAUACACAUAUUCAUACAGGUAUAGUCUUAAGUGGCUAGUUUUGCCACAAUAACAUUUUAGUAGGCACCUCUUACAUUCUACCAUUCAUUAGAUAGCUCAGGUCUGAGCGCAUCCGAUAGGCGAAUAGCGCUCAGACCUCACGAACGCCCCUAUUGCAUACAAGUCUUUUCGUGUUUCUUUGUCCCGAACACGAGAUGGCAGCCAUGUUUUCUGUCGGUCAAUAGGUGAUCGGGACCUGGCUCCAAAACCCCUGGAUCGAGAAACGCCCUGAAGAGGCAAUUAGCCUGCGGUUAACCGCAGCCUCAAUGUUCUGAUUAAGAGCACACGCCGGAGUGUAGGUGGUCCUCGUUCGGGAGUUUGAGUACGGUGAAGUCUUAUACGAACGAGGCCACCCUGAGGCAGUCAAUUAAGUUUGUGGUUAACUGCAAACCGCAGUUUCCCGGUGGUCGUCCGUUCGGUUGUUUUAGAGGUGAAAAAGGUUAAGUGGCGGCACACACCAAGGACUGGGUGGUCUUAGUUUGUAUGCACGAAUAUAUGCUCCUGGUUGUUUGUGUAAUUGGGUGUAUACAACAAUAAUACCGAAGAGAACGGCAUACGGUAACUUACAUUAAAGUAAUCCAUUACUGGGCUGUAGGGCGUCCUUAACACAUUCAUGCUGUGUCUUGUAAAUGGUGAUUUUAGUUUGUUUAUUGUGUUUUGUUUUGUUUUACAGCCUGGCUUAUUCCUGCAAAGAAACCCCCUCCACAAAAACUGUCAGCCUUUCAGUUAAUGGAUAACAUCGAUCCGGCCAUAUUUGACCUCUGUGCAGAAAGCAGCGCGAAUCUGAUGGCUGCGGAAUCCUGGCUUCAAAAGCGGAUUCUGGACGAGCAGUCAGAGAACUUGAUAGAAGAUGAACUGAUUGCAGACUUUGACGUUUCAGAUCUGGAGAAAUUUUCUGAACUGCAAAAGAGGUUACAGGUUCACAUGGAAUACAAACCAGCCACUUCGAGCGUUCGAGUUUCUGGUCUCAGCAGAGAUGCAGCGCGUGCUGUACUUGAAAUCCAGAAGAUGAUUGGCAAACUAAAGGACCGGAAAAACAGGGAGAAGGAGGCAGAACUGCUCAGCAAUACGGUGGAGUGGAAAUACGAAUAUCAGGGAAGAUUGUACAGAUUUGAUCAUUUAACUAGCUUGGAAUUGGAGGAGGUGGACAAAGCGAAGAAACCAACAGUCACCGUUUUUAUUAGCGGAAAAACAUUCACUGUCCACAUGCAAAGCAAAACUGCCACAGACAGCCACGGGAACAGCGUAAAGAUUGUACGAGUGAACAAACAUGGUAAAUAAAAGCAAUAUUGUCCAAUAUUAUCUAGGUACCUAUGUAUCAACAAACUAAAAACAUUUAACUUCUCAAAGUUCCAUUUCACUCAUUCCUGUGUGUAGCGGAGCUCCAAUACCACAUGGGUAUCUCCUCUAUUCCUUCCUUGAAGUUGAAAGAAGCAGUAUAAUAUUCCAAGACACUUUCCCCCCAGUAACUAGACGACACAUAGAUCUGGGAGUCAACUGAGUUUAUUUUGACCACCACAUGGCUUUUAUGCACUGACCCCUACAUGGGGUCUCCACAUCAACAUUACAAGAGUUUUCCUCGCAGGUUCCUCUGUUUCUAAGAGAUGAUUGAGAUAGCAAAACUAUAACUCAAUUAUCUCUCAGAUACAGUAAAACAUACACAAUUUUAAUAACAUGGGAACCACACGAAUGUCAUAUCUCCGAAUAGCUUGGGUCUGAGCACCCACUUUAUCAAAAUAGCGCUCAGAUCCCUUUGGCAGUCCAGGAACGCCAUUCAAAUGAAGUUUUGACCCGUUGGCCACAAGGUGAUGCCCCAAAACCGUUCCAAAGCCGUUCUCAUAACUGUUCGAGAAGUUGGAUGGGCAGCAGUACAAGUUUCCCGGGUGUUCGGGGGGUUGCAUAUCCAAGAGAUAGUUCCAUGCCAUCAACGACCAUGUACCACUGCCUGCGUUCAGGCAACAAAAUGGCCGCCAGUUCUUGGAGCACGUGUGUUCUGUUAUACAAAUGGCGGCCACACAGGGGAAAAACUUGCACUAAUGUGGUCGGUGAUUAGAAGGUGUGAACAAGGGGACCACACAGAGUUGGUUCGGUAAACAAACAGGGGUUUACGGACAGCCAAACAAAAGGGAAUAAAAGUGUAGUUAGGGCAUCCAUUCCACUACACUGUUUCUUGUAUAGUUUACUGAGUGUUGAUAUUGGAGUGAUGUGUUUUAUUUAUUUAUAUUCUUCAAACCUCAUGUUCAAUCCUGACGUUUCCAUCUCAAAAACCGCCCCUAUUUAUCGCCAGAUAAGACUAAGGUGUUGGUCCAUUCCACUGUCCUUUCUCGCCUUGACUACUGUAAUCCACUUCUCAGUGGUCUUACGUGCUCCCAACAUGCGCCGUUAUAGUCUGUGAUAAAGUGAAGGCAGAUAGGCCUUCUAACCCCAGGGGGAGUAUGUGUAGUUUGUGUUUUGCACAACACAACACAUUGUUUAGUUAUGGGCCCCUGGGGUGGAGCAUUUGGAGAGAAGGGUGGGCCAAUGCUCCACUCCACAGUUUAGUGGUGUUCUGGGGAGACCUAGAUCCAGGCCAGGGUUUUUUGGACUGUCUCCAACCCACUGCUCAGCUGCAGGUAAUCAGCUGUUGCAGUGGGAAUAAACUCCUCCCGGCUAGGCAGGAAAAGGAGAGGGAUUGCUGGCUUCCUCCCAGGAAGCAGGUAGGAGAGAGAGGCUGUUCUCUCCAUAUAGUCAAGAAGACUAGGCACUUGGAGUGCAGAAAGGAAGCAGUCAGGGCAAGACUGGCUUGGAGCACUGGGAGUGCAGAAAGGAAGCAGUCAGGGCAAGGCUGGCUUGGAGCACUGGGAGUGCAGAAAGCAAAGCAGUCAGGGCAAGGCUGGCUUGGAGCACUGGGAGUGCAGAAAGGAAAGCAACAGGUUAGAUAGCAGAGCGUUGCUCUCUAAUAAGGUUGGUGCAAUAUUGUGUUUAGUUUAACCCUGAGAGAUAGGGAACUAAAGUCAGUUAGUGCUCAGACGAGCUAGGUGUUUGUUUAUAGGGUUUUGUGUUACUUUUGAUUUUCAUUUACUGCUGUAUCCUGUGUGGAUUUACAAAUAAAGUGCCUGAAGUAUUUGCAACUACAAGGACUGUGCAUGUUUUUGCCCUAGAGGACCGUGCUACCUGGUGACAAGGAUCACAAUAUGGUGGAGAAUGCGGGCAAAGUAGCACAGUGAGGGUCUGUGGGUGUGCCAGUCAUUCGGUAGUCUGCUUGAGGACUUUUAUUUUUGCAGACCUGUCAAGCAAACAAGUAGCACUGUACCUUUAAGACUGUUACCUGCUUGGUGCUAUAAUGGAGGACCUGCUGAAGGCUGUGGUACAGGCAACUGCUAAACAACAAGACACAAACCGUUUAUUGGCUGCACAGGUUAAGAACCUGAGAGAUGCUCAGCAGGAGCAUAGAGCUGCCCUUACUGAGGUUUUGCAGAUUGCCCCCUGCAGGGAGCGUGAGGACAAGGGACCCUGUAACCAAGCUACUGACAUCCUGCAUGGGGUGACAGAGGCAGUAGAAGAAGUCUUCAGCAAGCUGAAAAGCAUGGAGGCAGCAAAGCGUGCUGUUGAGAAACACGCAGGAGAGAAAGAACAGGAAUUAAAAGGCAAGAAGGAUGAAAUUGAGCCUGAAAGUGAUAAAAUGGAAGAGGGUGAAAAGCCAGCUGGAUCCUCAAAGGAACAAAAAGAAAAAAAGUUAGUAAAGAGUCCAGCAAAGCUAAAGGAAAAAGCGGAAUUGCCAAGAGGCAGUGAUGGCGACACUGAUGACAUGCGCCAAAGUAAGAAAGGUCAGAAGAAUCAGAAAGGAGAAAAAAAGACUGUGGCUGAGGCCAGCAGUGUCAAGCCGGUUUGUGUAAUAAAAAGUGAAGCAGAAGCCGCUGAUGUUCACCCAAGUGAACAAGUUAAAGUCAUGAAAAGCAGACUGACUUGGGGAGUCAGAGAAGACAACAGCAAAGGAGCUGAGCAAAAUGAAGAGAAGCAAAGCACUCCAGUUGAGUAUAACAAUGUGGUGCGCUGUUUAGUAGCAGAGACACCUGGUAUUGUUACAAAGAAUUUGAAUGAUUGUCCGGGAGCCGUAGAACUAGAUCUGCUGGCAAAGACUACUGCUACAAAGCCUGGGCGCACUGACUACCGGGAACAGCUGCCAGAUUCUGGGAACACAGUCAUGGAAUUAAAGGCGGGACUUGGAAUGCCUGACCGGCUGUUUGAUACCAGGGCUGUAAUGACCCAGCGAGAGGCCAUGACUGCGUCUCUGGACAACCCCAUAGGGAGCAAGGCAGGUUCCCAGGGAUUCGCAGAACAGAUGGAGGAUGUUGUGGAGCCCUUCGCGGAGGGACUUGUUCCAGUGAAGGAUGAGCUGGUGACAGAACCAGGUCUUGAAGAGGUUGAGCACCUGGAAAAUUCAGCUCAUGAAGGAAUUGGACGUAUAGCUACACGCCAAGCCUUUGCAAAGUUUGCUUUUGAAAGUUACUCUAACGUUGAGAGAUUAUCAAAUCAGAAGCUGCUAUGGAUGUGGAAGCAGAUGAUGAUUCAGAGGAACUUGGCUACUAAGGAGCCACACAGUACUGAUCCUCAGCCUAGAUCCGCUAGCAACCAGAUAAGUGGGGAAACUGGAAAGCAAGGACAAAGUCUGGGACAAUAUACCUAUGAUGGUAGAACGUACCUAAAAGUCCUAUUUUGGCUACGAGACCAGACUGAGAAAAACUGCUUCAACUGCCGCAUGCAUGGACAUAUUACAUAUAACUGUCCUGAGAGUGAAGAGCCAAUACAAUGUGACAUAGGAAUAAGGGCUCUGUAUAGGAUUGUACUGACUUGCUUAAAGAUGUGUAUAGUGACUGGUGGUGGUGUUACAGCACAGCUAAAAGUGGUGAUGGUGGUAGGGAAGAGUGCACAAGCACUGAUAGAUUCAGGGAGUGAGGUUACUUUGAUGAAAAGUGUUUUGUUCCAGCCAGAGUAUGCAGCUGCCUACCUAGAUGUGGUGUUUCACAGGGUUGACCGGGUAGCACACCUGAUGAAGGUCCGGUUAGUUGUGAAUAAUGUAAAGGAUGCCGGUUUGACCGCUAACACUGCUAACUAUUUGGGUUAUCAUAUUGGGUGCGGGCUCCUUAAACUACAAGGGAGCAAGGUAGCCCCCAUCCACAAUAGGCCACUUCCUAUAACUGUGAAGCUAGUCAGGGCUGGUAGAGGCCUAGGUGUUAUGAAUGUUCACGGUUUGUGUUCUAAGGCCGCUCGACCCGAUGGGUCUGAGCUGGGGAGGAGGAUAUGUGAUAAAGUGAAGGCAGAUAGGCCUUUUAACCCCAGGGGGAGUAUGUGUAGUUUGUGUUUUGCACAACACAACACAUUGUUUAGUUAUGGGCCCCUGGGGUGGAGCAUUUGGAGAGAAGGGUGGGCCAAUGCUCCACUCCACAGUUUAGUGGUGUUCUGGGGAGACCUAGAUCCAGGCCAGGGUUUUUUGGACUGUCUCCAACCCACUGCUCAGCUGCAGGUAAUCAGCUGUUGCAGUGGGAAUAAACUCCUCCCAGCUAGGCAGGAAAAGGAGAGGGAUUGCUGGCUUCCUCCCAGGAAGCAGGUAGGAGAGAGAGGCUGUUCUCUCCAUAUAGUCAAGAAGACUAGGCACUUGGAGUGCAGAAAGGAAGCAGUCAGGGCAAGACUGGCUUGGAGCACUGGGAGUGCAGAAAGCAAAGCAGUCAGGGCAAGGCUGGCUUGGAGCACUGGGAGUGCAGAAAGCAAAGCAGUCAGGGCAAGGCUGGCUUGGAGCACUGGGAGUGCAGAAAGGAAAGCAACAGGUUAGAUAGCAGAGCGUUGCUCUCUAAUAAGGUUGGUGCAAUAUUGUGUUUAGUUUAACCCUGAGAGAUAGGGAACUAAAGUCAGUUAGUGCUCAGACGAGCUAGGUGUUUGUUUAUAGGGUUUUGUGUUACUUUUGAUUUUCAUUUACUGCUGUAUCCUGUGUGGAUUUACAAAUAAAGUGCCUGGAGUAUUUGCAACUACAAGGACUGUGCAUGUUUUUGCCCUAGAGGACCGUGCUACCUGGUGACAAGGAUCACAAGUCCAUAAUGAAUGCAGCAGCGAGGCUCAUCUUCCUGUCCGCCCGCGCCUCCCAUGCCUCACCAUUCUGUCAGUCCCUACAUUGGCUUCCUAUAAAAUAUAGAGCUCAAUUUAAAAUUCUGGUUCUUGCUUUCAGAUCUCUACAUAAUGCUGCUCCCACCUAUCUAUCCUCCAUAAUACACAAGUAUGUCCCGUCUAGGCCCUUACGAUCUGCUGAAGACUUACGUCUAUCAUCUGUCCGUACUCCCACCUCUGAUGCUCACCUUCAAGAUUUCCCUCUAGCAUGUAAGCUCAUUGAGCAGGGCCCUCAACCCCUCUGUUCCUGUGUGUCCAACCUGUCUGGUUAUAACUACAUGUCUGUUCAUCCACCCAUUGUAAAGCACUGCGGAAUUUGACGGCGCUCUAUAAAUAUCAUAAUAAUAAUAACUACAUGUCUGUUUGUCCACCCAUUGAAAAGCGCUGCGGAAUUUGUUAGCGCUAUAUAAAUACCAUAAUAAUAAUAACAAUAAUAAUAUAUAUAUGUGCGUGUGUGUAGUGUGACUUGAGGGGGCCUUAACACUGUGUUAGAGACCACGGUGGCAUCCUGUGUUACCCAAUGCAGCAGAAUGUUCUGAAACCCUGAUGGCACCUAAUAUUACCCAAUGGAACAGAACUCUUUGAUGGCACCCUAUAUUAUAUCCCAUGUGGUAAAAGCCUCUGAACCUUCUGAUGGUGCCCCAUGGAAUUGAACCAUCUGCUAACAUGGUGUGCCUGCAGAACCCUCUGAAUCCCCUGAUGGCACUCCAUGUUACUACCUGAACAGAAUCCUCUGAACCUCCUGAUGUCACCCCAAAUGGCAGAACGUUCUGGACCACCUGUUGGCAACCUAGGUUACCCUAUGCUGCAGAAUCCUCUGAACACCUUAACCCUCUGAACCCUGUAAUGGCACCCCACAUUAUCCCCAUGGUGCAGAACCCUCAGAAUCUCCUUAUGGCAUGCAGCAGAAGUCCCUAUUGGCAUCCCAUGUUACUCCAUGCAGCAGAACCCCCUAAUGAGAACCUGCAAUGGCACUCCAUGUUACACCCAUGCAGCAGAACCUGGAUGCAGAUAGGGUAGACAUCUCAUGGCAGAGAGUAUUACUAUUAUGUUUCACUUCUCUUUUCAUGGUUUUUAGAGACUGAUUUAGACCAUAUUGUGUUUUCCAGAAGGAGAGUCCUUAGAGUUACCUGCAGAUUGGGACCCGAUGGGUAGCAGUCUGGUGAAAUUGGUGCAGCUGAAUACCUCCGCACCAGAAUACACAAAUGUCCAGACGCUGUUUGCAAGAACUUGUCAUAUGAGAAUACUGAAGGUAAUUAUCUCUCUUCUAAUGUAAAGUUGUCCUUUCUGUGUAAAUGUGACCAUGCCAAUACAAAAACAAUAGUGGUACCCUAACCACCAACACAUCGGUAAACUCUGACAAUGGUGGUAAAACAGAAAUAAACAAACACCAUCUUUCUUGUUUAUUUCUAAAUGUGACGUGGCCUGACCAAGACAUUGCUCUGUCUGGGUCCAAGAACAAGAUGCUCCCCCCACCCAGAAUGCCCCCCACAUCCUAUACAGACACACCCACAAUGCCCCCCACAUCCUAUACAGACACACACACAAUGCCCCCCACAUCCUAUACAGACACACACACAAUGCCCCCCACAUCCUAUACAGACACACCCACAAUGCCCCCCACAUCCUAUACAGACACACACACAAUGCCCCCCACAUCCUAUACAGACACACCCACAAUGCCCCACAUCUAUACAGACACACACACAAUGCCCCACAUCCUACAGACACACUGUGCCCCAUCCUGACACACACAAUGCCAUCCUACACAGACACACCCUGGCCUUUACAUCCUACCAGACACACCCAGAAUACAUCCUACUCAGGACACACCACAAUGCCCCCAUCCUACAGACACACCCAAUGCCCCACAUCUAUACAGACACGCACACAAUGCCCCCGGCCCUAUGAGCACACAAUGCCCCCCACUCUAUGGGCUUUUACAAUGCCCCACAUCUAUCUGGGACACACACAACCCCACAUCUAUCACGGACACACACACAAUGCCCCAUCCUAUACAGACACACACACAAUGCCCCCAUCUAUGCAAGACUUUUUAAUGCCCCAUCCUACAGACACAAGAUGCUCCCACCCACCCAGAAUGCCCCACAUCCUAUACACACCCAGAAUGCCCCCACAUCCUCACAGACACACCCACAAUGCCCCCCACAUCCUAUACAGACACACCCACAAUGCCCCCCACAUCCUAUACAGACACACCCACAAUGCCCCCCACAUCCUAUACGGACACACACACAAUGCACCCCAUCCUACACAGACAUACCCACAUAAUGCACUACAUUAUUAAACACAGAAUAAUAUUUCCAUCCACCCACAAUUCACAUUUCACCUCCACUGCUUCCCCUGCUCUGUGUCCCCAACUUAUAUCACCCUGUAAACUCUACCAAUGUUAUUAUAUAGAGUGCUGCCCCCCAUAGGUCACUGCAGGUCUCUAAAUUCAUCCAAAUACGGCUAUAAUUAUUGCCCCAGUCAUAUUCCAUAUUCCCUCCAUUACACCAAUUCAGCCAUAUCUACCAAUUCCACUUACUGUGUCCCUACUGACGUUAGGUGAAACUGCUUGUAACGGACACAAGAGGUUAAAAACCGUUUAGGCGAUAUUCCCCUUCCCCGAUGCACAGGCAGCUACUGUAAGCACCAAUCUCCCGAACUGCAAACUACACGAAUACUGGAAACAGCCGAACAGGAAAAAACGUACGAAAGGUUUACACUCCUGGCAGUCAGUAUACAAUCCAAUUCCCCCAAUAACGAGACGACACUUCGUUUUGAGGGUCAAGCAGAAUCUGGUUUACUGGGGUUACAUGCCCGGCUUUUAUGCAGGUCUCCCACCUGGUGGACACUCCCCUAGGGGACCAGAUGGAAGACUGGGAAACAUAUUGGACGUUGACCAAUCACAGACAUACACAUUUCCACAAUCCCACAAUGCAUCACAAUCCCUCCUCUCUGCCCUGGAGAUAAUUGGGAAGUAAUCCAAUUAUCUCCAAGGACAGAGGCAAAACUCCAUUACACACGUUAGUAAAAAGACAUAAAAUUACAUACGGUUACAUUUAUUACAUAAAACAUAUACAUUCUACAUAUCCCCAGAUAGCUUAGAUCUGAGCGCACAUUACUACCGAAUGGCGCUCAGAUCACAUACAUACAGUUCAAUCGCCAUGGAGCCAAAGUCUUUCCCAUAGUCUUUCGUUACACGAAUAGGCUCCAUGGCAUGGCUAUCUGGGGUGAUGCUGUUCAUACGGUUAAACUACCGAAUGAACAGUCUGUCUGUUCCACUACCGAAUGCAGAGGUAAGGAGGCUGGCGGCUCAGCGGUGUUCGCACAAUUAAGUGUCCGUUUUCCGUUCCAUAGUUUGGGCGCUGAACACCGCUGGCCAUUCGGGAGCUAAAAUGGCCACUGCCACGUGUUCGGCAACCAAACAAAGGCCACCCAGCGUUCGUCAAUUAAGCUGCGGUUAACCGCAGCUUCUGGGCGGUCAAUUGACGGUACACUCCAGUUCCCAGGUGGUCCAUCGAUCGGUACUUUGUUCGGUAGAUUGAAUCUACCGAACACCCUGGCAGAAAGGCACGAAUACGCCUUUCUGCAGGGAAAAUAAAAGGUUUUAACUGCCGGGCCAUAGUCUAAAGGGAGCAGGCGAGCAACCAGGCUUCUCCAGUGCAUAGUGGCGAGGUUGGUUCCGCCACCCUGCUCAACAAUGAAAAUGUUUCUGACUUCAAAUUACUUACAUUUAAUUGAUUUCAGAGUGUGAAAAAAGAAUAUUUAAAACUGUUAUCGGUAAAUGUAAACCAACGUAUUAGCAAUCUCUUAUAAGUGAUCUAUUGAUAAUGAAAUAUGUAAAUAUUGGACCACUAUAAAAAUAAUGGUCAAAUUCCCAGGUUGAAAUAGGUCGUAAUAGAAAUCUAAAUAAAUAAAUCAACUAAAGUAUAUACAGAAAAAUAUAGGGUGAACAUGAUAAUUACUGAGAGUAUAAUCAUAAUGAGGUUUUGUUCAAAAGCUUUCAGAAACCUUCAUCCAGUAAUGUAUGGAAAACAAAGUUUUGCAAUUCACAUGAGCUAUAUACAUUAGAAUCACUAUAUUGUAGCAGGUUUGUUAUCUGGAUGCGAAGUAACCGAGCUGCAGCAUAACACAGGAUAGUUGAACAAGUAGCGUACCUUGUGCCAUGUGAAAUGAUCAAUUUGCAUGGGCUAUAUACGGUAUUGACUCUGCAUUAUAGCAGAAAUGCAGGGUAUCCUAGCUGCAACAUAAAAAGGAAGGAAUAUGGAUGCAAAACUUUAAUCGUAAUGAUCUAUGUGCCGAGCGAUAUGGGACGCUGCACCAACAUUCUGAUAGUUAGUAUACUAUGUAUCCGAUCUCUGCUACAAAAAGCUAUUAUGCUUAAUAAAUUAGCACAAGUGAAUGGAUGCUUAACCGCUCAGGCUGUUAAUAAAGAAAUGGUUAAUAUCACAAAAAAUCAAAAAAGAGGACCGAGAAUCUGAUCCUCAAUAGAUCUACUAUUAUAGUGCUGCCUGAAGCAUAAGCGGUUAGGCCAACUCGGGGUCGUGAAACAGAAAAAGUAUCCGGUCUUAAUGAAAUGUUAAAUGAAAAUGAAGUCUCAAGACCAGCGAGUUCCACUUAUAAGAGAUUGCUAAUACGUUGGUUUGCAACCUAUGUCUAAUGGAUUGUAAAUAUCUUUGUAUACAUUCUUAUUUAUGAAUAGUAUUCUUAUUUAGGACAUUCAGACCCUAAUUUUACUAUUACUAAUAAAAGUUACAUUUUAAGGGCACUCACUAUUUCUUUUGUUUUUGGGUUAACCUGAGUACCCUUUAAGCUUCCUCUUUCUCGCAUUACUUUUCGGUUCUGUGAUAUAGCUCAUUUAUGAUGAAAUAGGGUGUGGCGAAACCAACCUCGCCACUGUGAACUGGAGAAGCCUGGUUGCUCGCCUGCUCCCUUUGGACUAUGGCCCUGCAGGUUAAACCGUUUAUUUCCCCUGCAGAAAGGCUUAUUUGUGUGAUCUGAGUGCCAUUCAUCUAAUAAUGUGCACUCAGAUCCCAGCUAUCUGGGGAUAUGUGAAAUGUCUGUGUGUUAUGUGUAAAUGUGACUUUAUGUAUUUUAAAGUGUUUUGUGUCUUUUUGCAACCAUGUGCUUAAUGGAGUCUUGUGUCUAUCCUGGGAGAUAAUUGAAUUACUCUCCAGGAUAGAAGACUCUGAAACUGGUUUGGGCCAGAAAGCCAUGCUUCAUUUAGUCACAAAGGACUUUCCCUUAACUUUUGAACCCCUGGUCUGAUUCGUGCCAUUUUUUAAUAUGUUGUUCCCCUGAAUGGAUUGAUUAUGAAAAUGUAUGUUUUAUGUAUGUGACAUGUAUAUUUUAGAAGUUAGAAAUAUUGUGUAAAAACUGUAUUCCUCUGCCGGUGAUAAUGAGAUUACCCAUUGUGUUCAGUAAUCAUAUCACCUGCAGAGGGGAGGAUUUUGUGUGGGAGUGUCUGGGUGUAUUGUACGGAUUGAUUGGUUGUUUUGUAACGCCCUGUGGGCUGUACUAUGUUUGUGGAUUGGGAAUAAAAGAGACUGUAUGUGACAGUACAGGGAGUUCCUGCUUUAACCCUCAAAGUGAAGUGUCGUCUCAUUAUUGGGGGAAGGAUUUAUUGUAUGCUGUUCCAGUUUGACUGCUAGGAGAGUAAACCUAUUCGUAUGGUUCCUAUUCAACUGUCUACAGCAUUCAUAUGCUUGAGAGAAGGUAUAUGCUUCUCCGGUUCGGUGGUUGUGGUGUCUGCUGCAGUGCUUGGAAUCCUCAGGAAGCGCUAGGAGCAUCCUUCAACGGAGGUACCCAGUCGGGGUGCCAGGCGAUCCGUUACAUAGGGUAUUGUGGCAAACCUGAGUACCUGAAUGAUGAAUUACCGUCAGACCUGUUUUGUGUAUUGUUUGCAUGAAGUGAAGGUUAGAGUGUUGUUUUUUAUUGUUUUUUGUUUGGCGUGAUGUUAAAAGCCAGGAUUCCACAUAAAUGUGUUGCCAUUGCUGACAUUGUUUUGCUAUGUGUGCGGUGAUGUGGCAGAAUCACCCAAUUACUCCACUCAUGAAGACAGUCUAUCGCGUUAUUUUGGCAUCCACUUGGGGACCAGGACAAACCCUGGUCACUUCAUAUUUGCUGCAAUACAUAUUCUGUGAAUAUAUGUGGAUGGUUUGUUAAAUAAAAGACGUUCAGUGCUGUAACGGCACCCCCAGGCAUAAAAAGGGCUUAAACCGCCGUUUAGUAGAUCUUCCCCUUCCAGAGACACAGGCACAGCUACUGCAGAACCCCAAACUCCCGAACUGCAUACAAAGUAGCACUCCAAACUCCCGAACUGGAACCUCACGAAUAGCUGCUAGCUGCUGAACAGCAAAAACACCCAAGCGGCUUACACUCCUGGCAAUCAGUCUCUAACAGCAUGCAGUAAAUCCCCCCAAGAACGAGACAAAGCUCCGUGUUGAGGGUCAAGUAUACACAUUAGUACCACCCACAGGGUUUUGGAAAACAACCAAUAAACACAUAAAAUACACUCAGACACUCCCACACAAAAUCCUCCCCUCUGCCUGUGAUACAAUUACCUUACACAAUGGGUAAUGUAAUUAUAACAGCCAGAGAAAUACAAUUUUUCCACAUUAUUCAGAGCUUGAAAAGUAUGCAUCACAUUCACAUAAAUGAAUCAGAAUCAGCAUACUCCAAAUACAAACAUAUGUCAAAAUCAUCCAAAUUGGUCCAUUGAUUCAAAAGAUAGAUCGAAGUCCUUUGUGACCAAAUGAAGCAUGGCUUUUCUGCCCAAAACCAGUUCCACAGAGUCUUCUAUCCUGGAGAUAAUUGGGAAGUAAUCCAAUUAUCUCCAAGGACAGAGGCAAAACUCCAUUGAACAGCAAAAGACAAUAAAACACAUAGAAAUAUAACUGUGCAGCCAUUGCACAAAACAGGUAUAUUCAACAUAUCCCCAGAUAGCUCAGAUCUGAGCGCACAUUAAUACUGAAUGGCGCUCCGAGCACACACAUACAAUUUAAUUGCCAUGGAGCCAAAGUCUUUCCCAUAGUCUUUCAUUAUACGAAUUGGCUCCAUGGCAUAUCUAUCUGGGGUAUCACCGUUCAAACAGGGCAAGCACGAAUGACCCAGCUUUCAUGUCUUUGCAGGGGAAAAUCAAGCAUUUCAACAUGGGGCCAUAGUCUAAAGGCAGCAGGCGGGCAACCAGGCUCCUCCAAUGCACAGUGGCAAGAUUGGUCUCGUCACAAGUGCCUUUUGCCGUUCUAAUGACUUGGAGAGAGUCCACAAAUUAUAUAAAUGACUGCUAUUCCUGCAUGGUACUGUCAGGGUACCUUCGGUGUCUACCUCGGAGGAGGGUAGACACCUAGACGUCCAUCCUCCCAGGGGGGCUGACUCACCCGAUCCUUGCACUCCUCCCGGUCGUUUACACGCCGGCCGCGAUAGCUCCGCCUCCUUUUAUGACGCGGCGCUCAGUAGCCGACGUCAUGACGGCAAUCACGUUCCGACCCGUCAAUCACGGCAACCAAGUGCCGAACAACCAAUCAGGACCCGUUGGGGGCGGAGCCAACAGUUAAAGAGCCAAGGUAUAAAAAAGGGUUCUGUGGAAUGAUUCAUUGCCCUGUCGUGGUUCUAGCUAGUCUGGUCACUCAGUGCAAUUACCUCUAUUGUCUUUUGGUUCCUGACUCGGCUUGUAUUUUGACCCUGCUUUCCUCUCUUGUCCUUUUGACUCGGCUUGUCUCUCGCUUACCUGAUCUCUCGUUCCCUCGACCUCGGCUUGUCUCUGACUAUUCUUUUGCUUUCUCCUUACGUUAGUCCGGCCAUUCUAAGGUCCGGUAUACGUACCUAUCCCCUGUUUGUAUUCUGCGUGUUGGAUCCCUGUCACGAUCCUGACAUUACGACAGGGCCAAUGGAUCCUGCAGGUACAAACUCUCAGGUCGGUUCUCCUGACUCUAGAUUUGAGGCCAUGGAUCAUAGAAUGGACCAGAUGGCUCUAGCUCUGCAAGCAUUGCUAUCUCGUCCUAGUAGUCACUCAGAGGAGAUGCGUACCCCAUCUAUCUCUCCUAUAAGUACAGGCCUAGAGGUAGCCACAGUGGCUACUUCUUCCCGUGUUACGUCCCCGUCACGCUAUGGCGGCGCUCCUGACACUUGUCGAGGUUUUUUAAACCAGAUAGGUAUUCAUUUUGAAUUACAACCCCACGCCUACCCUACUGACAGGGCAAAGGUUGGAUUUAUAAUUACCUUGCUCAUUGACAAGGCACUUAGAUGGGCUAACCCCCUGUGGGAAAAUGAUAACCCGUUAGUUUAUAAUUAUAAUGCUUUUGUCGCUGCAUUUAGGAGAGCUUUUGACCCUCCAGGAAGAAAGGCCAAUGCAGCUAGACUACUGUUACGUCUUAGACAGUAUAACCGAACCCUAGUGGAUUAUGCCUUGGAGUUCAGAUCCUUGGCAGCAGAGGUCAAGUGGAAUGAACAGGCUUAUAUGGACGUAUUUAUGAACGGGUUAUCUGAUGAGAUUUUAGAUGAGGUGGCCACAAGAGAUCUUCCUGAAAAUUUGGAGGAUCUGAUUUCAUUUAUUUCCCGAAUAGAUGAACGUAUGAGACAGAGGCAGAAUAUUAGGGAUAGAACCCGCAGAUCCUCCAUAAGACUAGCUCCCUCAUUUCAGACUUCUGAUUCUACUACUUUAGCUCUCCCAGAACCUAUGCAAAUAGGUCAUACUCGACUCUCAGAGGAGGAAAGACAGUACAGGAGAAGGGAGGGUCUUUGUAUGUAUUGCGGAAUUAGAGGGCACCUACGCCUAAAUUGCCCUAACCGGCCGGGAAACGCUCGCACCUAAGUUUCUCAAGAGGACAGGCCUUGGGUGUUUCUAUCUUGUCCUCUAUUUAUGAUUAUAAAGAUCAUAGGCUUCUGAUACCUGUUUCUUUAGCUUGGGAAAAGGGAGUAUUUAAUGCUAUGGCUUUGAUAGAUUCCGGAGCAGCUGAAAGCUUUAUUGACCAAGCCUUUGUCACUAACCAUUCUAUCCCAUCUCAGCUAAGGGAUACACCCUUGGCCGUUGAGGCCAUAGAUGGUAGACCAUUAUCUGAACCUGUGAUUUUUCGUGAAACCAUACCAAUUAAGUUAACCACUGGUAUCCUUCACGAGGAAAGAAUAUCCCUCAUGCUGAUCUCAUCUCCUUCAGUUCCUAUAGUCUUGGGGUAUCCCUGGCUUAAGAAGCAUAACCCUAUCAUUGACUGGGAACUGGGUGAGAUAGUCUCCUGGGGUCAGGGUUGCCAGAAAGGAUGUGUGCAGAAAGUCUCACCAAUUUGCAGGGUUGACGCCCCGGUUAACUCUUCCCAACCUACAGAUUUACAGAUACCAUCACAGUACCAGGAUUUAAAGGCAGUCUUUGACAAAAAGAGGGCUGAUACUUUACCUCCACAUAGGUCUUUCGACUGUAAAAUUAGACUCCUACCUGGUACUAUGCCUCCGAGGGGUACGGUAUAUCCUUUAUCCACUAAGGAGAACUUAGUCCUAGAGGAGUACAUACGUGAAAACCUAGACAAAGGUUUUAUUAGGAGAUCAUCUUCUCCGGCCGGGGCCGGUUUCUUUUUUGUAGAUAAAAAAGACGGCACUCUACGGCCUUGCAUUGAUUAUCGGGGCUUGAAUAAGAUAACGGUUAGAAAUGCUUAUCCUAUUCCUUUAAUUACUGAGCUCUUUGAUCGACUGAAAGGCUCCAAGAUUUUUACCAAGUUAGAUUUGAGGGGAGCUUACAACUUGGUGAGAAUUCAGCAGGGAGACGAAUGGAAAACAGCUUUCAAUACCCGUUAUGGCCACUAUGAAUACACGGUAAUGCCCUUCGGGCUUUGCAAUGCACCUGCAGUAUUCCAGGACCUUAUUAAUGAGGUUCUUAGGGAAUUUCAGCAUGAAUGCGUUAUAGUAUAUUUGGAUGAUAUACUAAUACACUCUAGAGAGAUUGAGACUCACCACAGACAAGUCAGAAGGGUACUGCGCAAACUGUUACAACAUGGAUUGUACUGCAAAUUGGAAAAGUGUAGCUUCGACCAAUCUCAGAUAAACUUUCUUGGCUACGUUAUUUCUGGAGACGGAUUUAGGAUGGACCCCAUUAAACUCCAAUCGAUUUUAGAUUGGCCAUUGCCCAGGGGACUCAAGGCCAUUCAGAGAUUUAUCGGAUUUUCCAAUUAUUAUAGGCGCUUCAUUAAAGGUUACUCUUCUAUUAUUGCUCCUAUUACUAAUAUGACUAGACAGGGGCUGAUACCAAGACUUGGUCCACAGAGGCUCUCUCUGCUUUCAAAACUCUCAAGGAACAUUUUGCCUCAGCACCGAUAUUAGUUCAUCCUGACACAUCUUUGCCUUUUUUACUCGAGGUUGACGCCUCGGAGACAGGUAUAGGUGCUAUCUUGUCCCAAAGGCUAGGCUUGGAUAAACCGUUACAUCCUUGUGGUUUUUUUUCCAAGAAAUUAUCUGGGCCUGAAAGUAGAUAUGACAUUGGUGAUAGGGAACUGUUAGCGGUCAUUAUGGCUUUAAAGGAAUGGAGACAUUUGUUGGAGGGGACAUUAUACCCGGUUACUAUUUUGACUGAUCACAAGAAUUUGUCCUACAUAGGGGAGUCCAAGCGCUUGUCCGCCAGGCAAGCUCGUUGGUCCUUGUUUCUGACACAUUUCAAUUACGUGCUCACUUAUAGACCUGGUUCUAAGAACUCUAAGGCAGAUGCAUUGUCCCGUCAACAUGAACCCUCUACGGUGUCUGAAGCAGCUUUGUCUUCUAUCGUUCCUAAGUGUAAUAUUAUUGCCAACACUUGUGUCAGGAUACACUCGCCGUUGCUUGCUGAGAUCAAGAAAGUACAACAUCUAGCUCCCAAACCUGUUCCUGGGGAUCGAUACUUCGUUCCUCCUGAGCUCCAAGUGGAACUGCUGCAUUGCUUUCAUGACAGUAAAAUUGCUGGGCACCCCGGCAUACGCAAAACGUGUUCCCUGAUUUCUAAAGAUUUCUGGUGGCCUUCCCUUCGUAAGGAUAUAAGGGAUUUCGUCAGGGCAUGUGCUGUCUGUAUGAAGACUAAGCAACCUCACGCGCUCCCUUGUGGACUUUUGCAUCCCUUAGAAAUUCCCGAGAGACCAUGGUCGUGUUUGGCUAUGGAUUUCAUUGUCGAUUUGCCUGUUUCUAAAAAACAUACUGUUAUUCUCACAGUGAUUGACAGGUUUACUAAAAUGGCUCAUUUCGUGCCCUUGCCUAAACUGCCCUCGUCUCCCGAAUUAGCUGAGAUAUUCGCGAGGGAGAUUUUUCGUCUACAUGGUAUUCCCUCUGAAAUUGUUUCUGAUAGAGGUUCCCAAUUUGUUUCCCGCUUUUGGAAGUCUUUCUGUUCUCACUUAGGCAUCAAGUUGAACUUCUCCUCUGCCUAUCAUCCCCAGUCCAACGGAGCUGCCGAACGCACCAACCAAAAGAUUGAACAAUAUUUGCGUUGUUUUGUUUCUGAACACCAGGACGAUUGGGUUGGUCUGAUUCCUUGGGCAGAGUUUGCACACAACAAUCUCGUUUGUGAUUCUACUCGUUCUAGCCCCUUUUUCUUGAAUUAUGGCUUUCAUCCUUCCAUUCUUCCGUCGGUUUCCCCUUCCCAAGGGGUUCCGUCGGUUGAUGUUCAUGUCGCCAAUCUGAGAAAGUUGUGGGAUCAGACUCGACGAAUUCUUCUUCAUAAUUCCAUGGUGUUCAAACGACACGCUGACAAACGGAGACGGGUGGCUCCGGUUUUUGCCCCGGGUGAUAGGGUGUGGUUGAGUACCAGAAACAUCCGCUUGAAGGUUCCUUCCAUGAAAUUUGCUCCUCGUUACAUAGGCCCUUACAAGGUUCUGUGUCGGAUUAACCCGGUUGCAUAUCGUCUUGCCCUUCCGCCUGCCCUGCGCAUCCCUAACUCUUUUCAUGUUUCUUUAUUGAAGCCUUUGGUUUGCAACAGAUUUUCCUCCCCUGAGUCCUCCCCUCUCGCUGUCCAGGUUGAGGGUCAGGAGGAAUAUGAAAUCAAAUCCAUUCUCGAUUCUCGUAUUUCUCGGGGGAAGUUGCAAUAUCUGGUUGACUGGAAGGGGUAUGGGCCUGAAGAAAGGUCUUGGGUGGUCCAUGAAAAUGUGCAUGCCCCUCGUCUCCUCCGGGCAUUUCAUGCUCGUUUUCCGUCCCGCCCCGGUUCCUUCCGCCCGGUGGGCGUUUCUGAGAGGGGGGGUACUGUCAGGGUACCUUUGGUGUCUACCUCGGAGGAGGUUAGACACCUAGACGUCCAUCCUCCCAGGGGGGCUGACUCACCCGAUCCUUGCACUCCUCCCGGUCGUUUACACGCCGGCCGCGAUAGCUCCGCCUCCUUUUAUGACGCGGCGCUCAGUAGCCGACGGCAUGACGGCAAUCACGUUCCGACCCGUCAAUCACGGCAACCAAGUGCCGAACAACCAAUCAGGACCCGUUGGGGGCGGAGCCAACAGUUAAAGAGCCAAGGUAUAAAAAAGGGUUCUGUGGAAUGAUUCAUUGCCCUGUCGUGGUUCUAGCUAGUCUGGUCACUCAGUGCAAUUACCUCUAUUAUCUUUUGGUUCCUGACUCGGCUCGUAUUUUGACCCUGCUUUCCUCUCUUGUCCUUUUGACUCGGCUUGUCUCUCGCUUACCUGCUCUCUAGUUCCCUCGACCUCGGCUUGUCUCUGACUAUUCUUUUGCUUUCUCCUUACGUUAGUCCGGCCAUUCUAAGGUCCGGUAUACGUACCUAUCCCCUGUUUGUAUUCUGCGUGUUGGAUCCCUGUCACGAUCCUGACAGGUACCUCCUAUUAAAUAUGUCAAGAAAAAAAGACUAGUGUGGAAUACCCCAUUAUCUCGCCAGUUAUCUGACCAGUGCCACAUGGGGUCAAUCUGCCUGUGAGGUCACCCUCCAGAAGCCAAUUUCAUCAAGAACAUCUUAUGGAUGAAAACCUUGGGUUAGUCCUCGAUGUUUGAGAAGCUUUUAAAUGUGUUGAGCAGCUGAAGAGCUGACAAACAACCUGUGGCGGCCACUCGAGUAGGGACACAGGUCUCGCCACCAAGAACGUCCUUUCCAAGGAUCUCAGUCAGUGCCUUCUUCAGCGAUUAUAGCAGGAGAGUGUGUUCUAGAAUAUGAAAAACAAAGUUUGUAAAUAAAAUUCUAAAACUUAGUUUGCUCGGUCACAAAUUUAUUAACAUCUAUAAAAGCUUCAAAAGAUUUAAAAGUAUUAGAAGGGGCAAAUUUAAGACCUUUGGUUAAAACUGCUAUUUGUGCGCUAGUUACAAUUUUCUGUGAAAGGUUAAAAAUGCCGCUGCUAGUACUGCUAGUGCGCGCCGGCGUCUAAACUACCGUUCCCAUACCCCCAUGCGGCAAUAUGCCGGUCACAUGACCAAGCAAACUAAGUUUUAGAAUUCUAUUUAUAAACUUCGUUUUUCAUAUUCUCUUAUGUAAUAUGUAUUAACCAAUCACAAGCUUACAAUCCCACAAUGCAUCACAAUCCCUCCUCUCUGUCCUGGAGAUAAUUGGGAAUUCGCGCUCAGAUCACAUACAUACAGUUCAAUCUCCAUGGAGCCAAAGUCUUUCCCAUAGUCUUUCGUUACACGAAUAGGCUCCAUGGCAUGGCUAUUUGGGGUGAUGCUGUUCAUACGGUCAAACUACCGAAUGAACAGUGAUUCGGUUCCACUACUGAAUGCAGAGAUAAGGAGGCUGACGGCUCAGCGGUGUUCGCGCAAAUAAGUGUCCGUUUUCAGCUCCAUAGUUUGGGCGCUGAACACCGCUGGCCGUUCGGGAGUUAAAAUGGCUGCUGCCACGUGUUCGGCAAACGAACAAAGGCCACCCAGCAUUCGUCACUUAAGCUGCGGGUUAACUGCAGCUUCUGGGCGGUCAAUUGACGGCACACUCCAGUUCCCAGGUGGUCGAUUGUUCUACUGCACAUCCUAGCAGAAAGGCACGAAUACGCUUUUCUGCAGGAAAAUAAAAGGUUUUAACUGCCGGGCCAUAGUCCAAAGGGAGCAGGCGAGCAACAGUGGACAGUGGCGAGGCUGGUUUUGCCACAUUCACAUAAGUUCUUGUCCCGAAAAGUGCUCCCCUGGCCUAUUUGGGGAAGGAGCAGGCGGUGUUCCUGAGGUAGCUGUCCGAUUUCAGUUCCAUGCUUUCAACGUCUGAGUACCGCUGCCUGCAUUGGUGAUACAAAAUGGCCGCCAGUCAACGUGCGUUCAUUCAUCCGAAUGGUGGCCACCCAGACGAGCACUUAAGUUAAUGGGUUAUAUAACAAUAAUGAGUGGGUUCAAUUAAGUUAAUGAGCCAGGGGGUGGUCUGGGUUCGUGAGGUAUAAAAGGGGAAAACGCUCUUUAUUCGGUAACUGAACAACCAGGGUUAUAACCGAAUGAAAAGUUUAAUAAGUGACGAGGUGUUCUGUCACACAACCUUCUCGAAAAGUAGCAGCAACUGGGCUACAACAUGUCACUCAAAAAACAACUUACUCAACUCUUAUCUGGACUUCUUCCAUGACAACUGCUGUGCAGUGAGUAAUGGGCACGGUGACCGGUUACAAGACAUUUCAGCAAAGGAACGAAGAUAUUAGGGAAGGUGGAACGCUUCUAUGCUUGCUGACUGUCGUUGGACAGUGACUAAAAAUCCCCUAGAAAAGUAGUACAUACGACAAACCGCUCUUUUAGAUAAUGCUUUCAGUUUGUAUGUUUUAAAAAAAAAAAAAAAUUCUAUUUACGAGUGAAAACAACUUUAAUUUAUGUCAAGAAAAUGUCAGGUUGUUGUAGUAAUAUUGCUUUUCACUAUGAUUAGAGCGCAAUAAAUCUAUCUCAAAAGCUACAGCUAAUAAAAAAGAAUAAUUAAAGGAGAAAAGAGGGGGAAGCAUUAUAGGAGGCAAUAGAGCAAAAAGGAGCAGAAUAGAUAUCAAUAAAGAAAUCGCACCCACUGGAAUUUCUUUAAUUUAUCUAAAAGUUAGGAAAAGAUGACAUCUCUUUGCUGAAUAAAGUUUUAAAGCUUGCACCUUCUAAGGGUCAGUAUGAUGGCAGAUGAAUGCAAAGUUAUGCACUUCGGCGUAAAGAAUACACAAGCAACGUAUACCCUUAAUGGAAGCGAAUUAGGGAUAACAACACACGAAAAGGACUUGGGAAUUGUUAUAGACAACAAACUAUGCAACAAUGUGCAAUGUCAAUCAGCAGUGGCCAAGGCCAGUAAGGUAUUGUCAUGCAUGAAAAAGGGCAUUCAUUCUCGGGACGAGAAUAUCAUUUUGCCUCUGUGGCAAACCUAGCCACUUGGACUAUAACCAGAGACUGUACCUUUAAGGGUUGCCUGUAUGUCUGGGGAGAUAUGUGUUUAACUACGUAUAUUGUAUGCUGACUGUAAUGUAUUGAAUUGCCUGUAAUUGCUAUCCGCCGAAUGCAGAUAGCUGUUUGUUAGGGGUUUUCCUUUCGUUUCAAGAACGGCACUUUGGAGGGCCGUUCAUGAAUCGAAAACACUACCCCUAAUAGCCCACACACUUAGAGGCGUGUGGCGCUGGUUAACCAAUUGCAACAAUGUUGCAAUCGGUAAUUAGAGGCUCUCCUGGGUGGCCGUCGUUCGACUACCGACCAUGCGGCGGUCGGCCAUCUUGGAUCCUUUGUUCCCUCAGCGGUGCUAGGUCGUCGAGCGCAUGGUACUAAAAACGGCUACUCGACGGCACGAACACCGCUGAGCCUCCAGGACGUUCGGGAGUUCCAGGCCAUUCGGUAUUUCAUUCCCUGGAAGGCAAUCGGUUUUCAAUAAAUGUGUUUUUCGUGCGGCGUUCGGUUAUUUUAGCUGGGAUCUGAGCGGUAAUCUCACGAAUGAGGCGCUCAGACCCCAGCUAUCUACCGAACGUCCAUUCGUGCAAAUCAACAGUAUAUUCACAAAGUUAUGGAUUUUUGUAUAAAUUGUCAGUUCUGCUGCACGAGGGGAUAAUCCACUUAACGGCAUAUUCUAGGAGGAGGAUCCCUCUCGUGCAGCAGUGCCUGAUGGGAGAAAUAUGUUGUACUGUAAGUUCCCCAUUUAGUCCCCUCUAGGAAUGCCCCUGGGAGGGGACUCAGGAAACCCCUUGCAUGGGGACUUGUAUAAAUUGUGCAGCAGAAUUAAAGGACUUCAGUUGACUCUCAGAACUGUGUCUCGUCCGGUUACUGGGAGGUUGGGGAUAUUGCCUUGUUGUUUCAGCGCUUGACUGUGGAUUACUUCCUGAACCAGCGGAAUUCGUGGAUUUAAUAUUGGCGUUCCGCUACAGCCUCUUUAUAAAUCACUGGUAAGACCACAUAUUGAAUAUGCUGUGCAAUUUUGGGCACCUGUUCUAAAGAAGGAUAUUAUGGCACUAGAAAAAGUGCAGAGGCGGGCUACAAAAUUAAUAAAAGGAAUGGAACAUAUCAGCUAUGAAGAAAGGUUAACAAAUUUAAACCUAUUUAGUUUAGAAAAACGUCGCCUGAGAGGGGAUAUGAUAACAUUAUACAAAUAUAUUCGGGGCCAAUACAAACCAUUGUGUAGAAAUCUAUUCACAAACCGGACUUUACAUAGGACACGAGGCCAUGCGUUUAGACUGGAAGAAAGAAGAUUUCGUCUAAGGCAAAGGAAAGGUUUUUUUACUGUAAGAACAAUCAGGAUGUGGAAUUCUCUGCCUGAAGAAGUGGUUUUAUCAGAGUCCAUACAGAUGUUCAAACGGCUACUAGAUGCAUACUUGCAAGAACAGAAUAUUCAAAGAUAUAAUCUUUCAAUGUAGGGUAAUAACUGCUUGAUCCAAGGAUAAAUCUGACUGCCAUUCUGGGGUCAAGAAGGAAUUUUUUUCCUAGCUUGUUGCAAAAUUGUGCUUCAAACUGGGUUUUUUUGCCUUCUUUUGGAUCAACAGCAAAAAACAAAUGUGAGGUAGGCUGAACUUGAUGGACGCAAGUCUCUUUUCAGCUAUGUAACUAUGUAACUAUAUAUUGAUUUAAAUAGAUUUACUAGGAAUUUGUGUUUGAAAUAAUAUUUUAUGAAAAAUGUUGUCAUACCGUCUAACAAUGCUCAAAAGGACUUGAAUCAUAUAGAGAUGGUACAUGUGGUGAACAUAAUCUCACCACGGGCUCCUGGAGAAGCCUGCUUGCCAGCCUCCUGCCUCAGGACUAUGGCCCCUGCAAUAGAUACUAAUAUACUUAAAAAGGCUCUGUUCGUGCAAUUGGGAUUGUAUGCUUCGGGAACCGAACAGCCGCACGAACCAGAAACCACCUGGGAGCUUGUUAAGCCCAAUUAAUACUUUGUAGCAAUUUCCACCGCAGUGUUCAUCUGGGUCGCCGCUUUUCGUAUGAAUGACCACGAGGCAACGGUGUUUGGGCAUGAAUCUCAUGGAACUAAAAGUCAGACACAGAAACUCCCGAACACUGCUGGACUUGUGUGUGUAGAAUGUUUGCUUGUAACUAGACUCCUCUCAGGUCCUGCGGGGUAUGCCCCUGGAAUGUGAUUAAGGAAACCCCUUGCAUGGGGAGUUGCAUUAAAGGCUGCAUAUGGCUCCCAUUAAACCAGUUCCAGUUCAUCCCCAGAAGCAGGUCUUCCCACUGGUAGCUGGACCCAGGAAGGGACGGCGAGACCCCGGCCAAGCUAUGGCGGCUAAGGGUCUACAGUGCUGAUGGUGUCUGGUUGAGUGCUUGGAGUACUCGGUGAGCACUAGGAAGCAGCGAUUGGUGGAGAUAGCCAGUCGGGGUGCCAGGCAAUCCGCCACAGUACACACCUCUCUGAAUUAGAAAACUUCCUUUUUUCUAAGUGGUUGAUGUCGAUGGAAAUCUCAACAGUUCAAAAUAUGGUUACCUCUGAUAUAGACAAACUAAAACCACUGAGUUUCAAUCCAAUUUAACUCCACAGGAGCACAGGGCCCAUAAAAAAAAAAACUUACACAGAAUGCUAAUACAGUGAUAAAACCGUGAGGCAAAGUAAUAUGGUUAUUAAAGACACCUUGUAGAUAACAUAACAUAUGUGAAAUUAUCCUUGUGCAACAGUUUAGCAGUAGUUUGAGCCCAGUUGCAGGAGAUGGCACAAGGAGUAAGCAUAAACCAAAAACACAGGACAGAUAAAGGGGAAAUCCAAAGGCAGAGUCAGACGAGAAGCAGAAGUCAGGGCUGGCAGCGGAGUAUCAUAGUCAGUAAAGCAGGCAGAGGUCAGAGUCAAUGAAAUCAGUCAGCAGAGUAACAAAGAUCCGACAGGAAACACCAAACAGACCAAAUGACCAGAUCCUAGGUCUCAGGCAGGGCUGGCUUUUACAGCUUGAUGAUUAGGAGCAGCUGACCCUAAUUGGUAAGGGGUUGCAGGUGGAUCAGCACUGCUCCAUCCAGGCAAGGGGUCAUGAAGCAGAAUAUUGAAGAUAGAUACUGAAGCCCCCUGGUGGAUAUCACAGCAGAGGACCUGACUGGAAUGCUGGAGCUGUGAAUUCAAAUCCAGCCAGGUCUCUUAAAGGGGUGGCCACGCCUUGAUGUCUGCAGGGUUCGGGGUGCACUGUGACAGCCCCCCCACAGACAGGGCUUCAACUAGAGGAUCCAUUUCAGGCUCAGACAGGGAAUCCAGAUCUGUAUAGGUAUCAGGAUCCGGAGUGUUGGAACAUUUUGCAGGUUGUCAUUCUUCGAGAAGGCAGUGGAGGCAAGAAGCAGCAACCACCUGAGGGGAUGCAGCUUUGGCUUUAAGUGCCUGCUCAAAUACCUUUAGAUCUUGCCUGCGGAACACGGUUCCACUGGAGGCAAUUAAGGCAAUCCUUGAUUGAAAAUUAUUCCAAGAGGGAGUCCUAAGUUUCUAUAUUCAAAAAGGGUUCAAAAUCCUUGCCUGGAAAUUAUAGACCUGUGAGCUUAACUUCUGUGGCUGGUAAAAUAUUUGAAAGGUUAUUAAGGGAUAAUAUUCAAGAAUUCCUUGAGAAGAACAUGGUUAUCAGCAAAAAUCAGCACGGUUUUAUGAAGCACAGGUCAUGUCAAACUAACUUGAUUGCGUUCUACGAAGAAGUAAGUAGAAGUAUAGAUUAGGGUGUUGCCGUGGAUGUGAUCUAUUUGGAUUUUGCCAAGGCAUUUGAUACAGUUCCACACAAUAGAUUAGUGUUCAAACUCAAGGAAAUCGGUCUAGAUGAAAAUGCUUGUUCUUGGGUAGAACAUUGGCUUAAAAACCGAGUACAAAGAGUUGUCAUUAAGGGUAAAUUUUCAAGCUGGACAGAGGUGGCAAGUGGUGUCCCUCAGGGGUCUGUUCAGGGACCCCUUCUAUUUAACAUGUUUAUAAAUGAUCUUGAAGACAGCAUUGAAAGUCAUGUUUCAGUGUUUGCUCAUUACACAAAACUUUGUAAAAUAAUACAAUGUGAGCAAGAUAUUACUUUGCUGCAGAGGGAUUUAGAUAGACUGGGGGACUGGGCACUCAAAUGGCAGAUGAUUUAAUGUUGAAAAAUGCAAAGUUAUGCACUUCGGCGUAAAGAAUACACAAGCAACGUAUACCCUUAAUGGAAGCAAAUUAGGGAUAACAACACAUGAAAAGGACUUGGGAAUUGUUAUAGACAAGAAACUAUGCAACAAUGUGCAAUGUCAAUCAGCAGUGGCCAAGGCCAGUAAGGUAUUGUCAUGCAUGAAAAAGGGCAUUCAUUCUCGGGACAAGAAUAUAAUUUUACCUCUUUAUAAAUCACUGGUAAGACCCCAUAUUGAAUAUGCUGUGCAAUUUUGGGCACCUGUUCUAAAGAAGGAUAUUAUGGCACUAGAAAAAGUGCAGAGGCGGGCUACAAAAAUUAAUAAAAGGAAUGGAACAUAUCGGCUAUGAAGAAAGGUUAACAAAUUUAAACCUAUUUAGUUUAGAAAAACGUCGCCUGAGAGGGGAUAUGAUAACAUUAUCCAAAUAUAUUCGGGGCCAAUACAAACCAUUGUGUGGAAAUCUAUUCACAAGCCGGACUUUACAUAGGACACGAGGCCAUGCGUUUAGACUGGAAGAAAGAAGAUUUCGUCUAAGGCAAAGGAAAUGUUUUUUUACUGUAAGAACAAUCAGGAUGUGGAAUUCUCUGCCUGAAGAAGUGGUUUUAUCAGAGUCCAUACAGAUGUUCAAACAGCUACUAGAUGCAUACUUGCAAAAACAGAAUAUUCAAGGAUAUAAUCUUUCAAUGUAGGGUAAUAACUGCUUGAUCCAAGGAUAAAUCUGACUGCCAUUCUGGGGUCAAGAAGGAAUUUUUUUCCUAGCUUUUUUUGCCUUCUUUUGGACCAACAGCAAAAAACAAAUGUGAGAUAGGCUGAACUUGAUGGAAGCAAGUCUGUUUUCAGCUAUGUAACUAUGUAAGUUUGAAAGAAAAGAAUACGAGAAAAUCCCAAUUUUCUACUUUCUCCCAAAAAUGAACAAUGACAGGACCCAACCCCCAGGUAGACCCAUUAUUUUGGGCGUUAACUCUGUGUCUUGCAGGUUAUCUGAGAAUGUAGACCAUUUACUCCGACCUCUAGUAAAGAAAUGUCCUUCUUAUUUAAGGGACACAACCAAUGUACUCCAGGAGCAAUGUCCAACGUAAAGAAAAUUGUUCUCUUGGUUAAAACGGAUGUUUCCGCUCUAUAUACUAAUAUGAGAAAUGAUUUAGGAGCAACAGAACACUUUCUAGAGACUACUGCAUCCAUUCCGUGUAAGCAAAUCCAAUUCAUUUUGGAUUCUAUAGAAUUUGAGUUUGGAAAAUAAUUAUUUUUGGUUCCAGAAUGAUUUGUACUUGCAAAAAUGUGGUCCUGCAAUGAGCACCAGGUUCGCUCUCAGCUCUGCCAACCUAUUUCUGGCACAUUGAGAAACCCAACAUAUGGGUUCAGGCAAUGGCUGGGAUACAAACCUGGUGCUAAAUAGAUACAUUGACAAUUUUUUUCUAAUCCUCUCGGGGGAGGGCAUAAGUACGGCGAUUUGCGUUUUUUGACUAUCACAAGUCAUUUCAGCAAACUUAAAUGUAUUUAUUAUUGAAUCUGUUAAAAGAUCUGCACUAGUUGUACAUUUUCUUUUUUCCGAGCAUUAUUUGAUCUGAUGACCGUGUGGCACCAUCUACUGGCUGCCUGAGUAUUUGUAUAAUUUAUUUUGUUGGUGUGGGAACUCUCACCUUAAUGUUCAUUGCUCGACUUUUUAUAUAAUUAGUUUUACUGAAACGGAAACUGUUCAGAUUAUACUAUUAAUGUUUUCUAUUCCCAGCAAUAGAGACAGUGGUUAUGGUUAAUUUAAUCCCAGUAUGGUAUUGCUUUAAAUUCUUCUCUCUUGCCUGUUAUUGUAGAUUGAGAGAGUCCAGAACAAACAUCUCUGGCAGAAUUACCAGAUACGGAAGAACAAUAUUGACGCAAAAAACAAAAGCACAAACAACGAGAAGCAGCUGUUUCAUGGUACAGACCCCAAUACAG